AUGAACCUUCUCCGUCGCUCCCGAGCCCCCUGCUCUCCCGCUGCUGCUGCUGCUUUCCUUUUUGCUGCUGCUGCUGCUGUGCUUCCCGCUGCAGCUUUCCGGGUGUCUAGACAGCUCGCGCCCCCCGGGGGGCCCCCCGGGGGCCCCCCGGGGGCCCCCCUGGGGGCCCCCCCGACCCUCAUGGGGCCGCCCCAAAGCCCGAAGGCCUCUCAGUUUGCCUCUCCCCUUUUGAAAAGCAAAGCCCGCCAAAUCCUCAAGGCCCAGCAACCCGCAGCGUCGCAGGAGGCGGUGGUGGAUGGGGAGUGGGUGAACGGCAAGAGCGUAAAGGAGUGGAAAGUGAAGCGGUCCAUUUACCAAGCGCUGCACAUGGCGAUGGCGGAGGAGCUGGAGAGAGACCCCACCGUCUGCAUCAUAGGCGAAGACGUGGGCCACUACGGAGGCUCGUACAAGGCGACGCGGGAGCUGCACCUGCGGCACGGCAACUUCCGGUGUCUAGACACCCCGAUCUGCGAAAACACCUUCCUCGGGCUCGGCGUCGGCGCCGCCAUGGCCGGCCUCCGCCCCGUCGUCGAGGGCAUGAACCUCGCCUUUUUGCUGCUGGCCUUCAACCAGCUCUGCAACAACGCGGGGAUGGUGCGCGCCACCAGCGGCGGCCAGUUCCGCGUGCCGCUGGUGGUCCGGGGCCCCGGCGGCGUCGGCAGGCAGCUGGGCCCCGAGCACUCGCAGCGCGUCGAGGCUUACUUGAUGGCGGUGCCGGGGCUGAAGCUGGUGGCGUGCAGCACUCCUUACAACGCGCGGGGUUUGUUGAAAACCGCUAUAAGAGAGGAUAACCCUGUGGUGUUUUUCGAACAUGUUUUGAACUAUUCCAACUCCGAUUUUAUCCCCCUAAUGCCAUACACUCUUUCGUUGGAUAAGGCGGAACAAGUUGCUGCUGGCGAGGACCUCACGCUGCUGUGCUACGGGCGCCUGCGCCAAGUUGCUGCUGCUGCAACGCAGCAGCUGCAGCAGCUCUCCGUGGUUGAGAAUUGUUAUGAAGACUUGCUAAUGCCCCCCGUGCGGCUUUCAACAAAAGACAUUCCAACUCCUUAUUCAAAAGAAUUAGAAGAAGCAACAAUCAUAACUCCUGCUGAUGUUGUAAAUGCUGCUCUUUGGAUGCUGAGUGCCAACAGGAAAUAA